AUGUUGCUCAUCCUCGUCGCGACCCUCGCCGCACUGGCUGCCGCGCAAAGCACGCCUUGGCCCAAAUUCGGCAACUGGACCGAGGAGUUCAACGGAUAUCCAUACAUCCUGUCCGGACCAAUGACCCUGGGAAAGAAGACCGACUUCGAGAUCGAGCGAUGCCACUAUGUCCUGAGACUCCUCGACGAGCGAACACACGCACCCGCCAGACAGGUUCCACUGCCGACCCCAGCCUCCCGAUGCAUGGACAUCCUCGUCCAGCGAAAGUCCGCACUCGGCGACCAGGCCUUCCUCGAAAUCUUCUCCGAGGACAUUGAGGAUGCCAAACGUUUCUGGUACGACAUCAACUUCAACUCCACGUUGCACGACCCCGCGACAUGGAAAGCAGUCGAGUGCCGCGCUCUCGUGCCCCUUCCCAACGUCAACGCGUGGGCGUUUUCCACGUGGUCCGCGUCGCCCUUUGCCGACGCCGCCAACAACCGCGGCAACGCGGAGCACUACUUUAAGAAUUCGAGUCAGUCGGGAGGCGGCGCCGGCGCGGCGGCGACCUCGCGGAUCCUCGAGGGCUGGGGCGGCGUGUUGACCAACUUUAGUAUUCCCAACUAUAGCGCCCGGACCUGUGCGCAGAGACCGAUGGUCCGGCCGCUGCCCGAGUUCCGGCUCAAGGCGUGUGGCGAUAAGAAUCUCGUUGACGACAAGGACACCAACUUUGGGGUUUUGCAGAUUGCUGCUCGCGAUGUCAAUGUGGCCGGGGCCAGGUAUGUUGAUAUUUAUGCCUCGGUGUGGUAUGGGAGCGGCAUCUCGGAAGAGCAUAUGGAGGCGGAGCGGCAGCACAUCAUUAUUGAGAUUGUCAACUUGAGUCUGAAGGCUCAGGAGGAUAUUCAGAGUGGCAGGUUUAGGGUUCCGGCGCCUCCAGCGUCCUGA